AUGGGAUAAGUUUCAUAAAAGUUAUUUACUACAACAGAAGCAGAUGAAUAGAUAGUUAUAUCAACGAACUCAAGAAUUGGAUAUAUUUAGAAGAAGUUUUUAUUUUCACAAGCAGAUGUUUCCAAUUUACAUAAAAUAUUUCGGAAGAUGGACACAAUGGGAACAGGGUAUAUCAGUUAAUAAAACUUCUUUGAAUUCUUAGAUGAAGAAUUUAAUAGUGUAGUCAGUCCUUAUAUUGAAUAUUUGUUUUAAUUGAUUGAAAAGGAAGUUGAAUAAAAGGUAAGUUUUUCUGAGUGGUUACCAGCUAUUAGUUUAUAUUGUUUAUACACAAAAGAUAGCGUGGUUGCAUAUGUGUUUUAGAUGUUGGAUAGCGAUCAUGAUAACUUUAUUUCAAAAAAGGAUUUAAUGAAUUUUUUAGUUUAGAAGAGAAAUGGGAAAAAGAUUUUCUAUUAUAACUACAUGAAGGCAGUAGAGCUGUUGGAUAUUGAGAGACCAGAUAAGAUCAGUUUAGAAUAAUUUAGAAAAAUAUAACAGCAAAUUCCGUUUAUUUGUUAUCCUGCUUUUCGAUUGCAAAGGGAAUUGAGAAGUAGAAUAUUUGGUGUUAAAUAUUGGGAUAGUCUUUAUGAUAGAAUUCUGCAUAAAGAGAAUGAGGAGAACAAGUAGAAAUAGAUGUAGAAAAUUCAAGAUGAAAUGAAGAGGAAACAAUAGAAUAAGUUGGAUAAGAAGGUUGAAAAGUUCUUACAAAAUACUCACAAAUCUAGGGUUUCUAUGCCUUCUAUGAAAUUAAUUCAUUAGAGAGUGAAUGGAAGGAGAAAUUCAGAUACAAACAUGCCUCAGAAUCAAGAAACAGCUGAUGAACUAAUAAACAACAUGUUUCAACAAAUCAGUAAGCAAUUAAAGGGACAACACAACCAAAGAAAGCAGAAGGAACUUAAAGUGCUCAGAUGUAGAUCAAAGUCUCUGUAGUAUAUAAAGAUGAAUUUUAAGCAUACUGAGGAGCAAGUGGUAAGAUCAUCUAAAUAUAUCAAAACACAAUAAUCAUCAUAGCAGAUUCCUUUGAACUUCAAAAAACAAGAGAGAAGAUCGAUAUUCCAUAUGAAUAAGGUCAAACCCCCGGUUGAUAAACCUCCAGGGUCAUCUCAUAAUAGUUCAGAUUCUGAGUCAGUUUCUUAGUCAUUGUUAUAUUGA